GACGUUUCAGAUUCACAAGGACCCUUACCUCUUUGAAGUCUGAACCAUGUACAACACUCUAUAAACAGUCUCCAUAUACUUUUGGUGGAUCAUAUCCGUCAUCGUCUCUUUUGAUUACGUGUAAGAAUGUCAAACAUAAAACUAUAUCUAUAUAUGAAUGAGAAAGGUGUUUGAAUUAGUUCUAAGGUUGAUUUCUUGAGCAAGAAGAAACCAUUUCUCGUCGUCAGGUGUUCGAAUCUAUGUCUGCAAAGAAAAAGGAGCUUCUGUCCUCAGCCAUGAAAAGAACUAGUGAAUGGAUUUCUUCUCAAGACAUACCAAGUGACGUUACUGUUCAUGUUGGAGAGACUUUGUUUUCACUCCACAAGUUCCCACUUGUUUCCAAAUGUGGGUUUAUAAAGAAACUUGCUUCCGAAUCAAGCAACGAUUCGAACAUAACCGUUAUCAAGAUCCCAGAUUUUCCCGGAGGUGCAGAAGCAUUUGAGCUAGCAAUCAAAUUCUGCUACGACAUAAGCUUCGAGAUAAACACAGAGAACAUUGCGGUGCUACGAUGUGCAGCAGAGUAUCUAGAGAUGACAGAGGAACACUCUGUUGAAAACCUUGUGGAGACAACAGAGGUUUACUUAAACGAAGUGAUCCUCAAGAGUUUAUCGAAAUCGGUUAAAGUUCUGCGACAAUCUCAGGAUUUGUUGCCUGUAGCCGAGAGAGUAAGACUCGUGGACCGGUGUAUCGAUUCAAUUGCUUAUGCAACUUGUCAGGCAAGCCAGAGCAAUGCGGGUAUAGUUGAAGGGUUGGCUGAAGAUAUAUCUGCUCUAAGGAUUGAUAUGUUUCGACGUGUCUUGAUCGCAAUGACUGCUAGAGGGUUUAAGCAAUACGCUCUUGGUCCAGUGCUUGUGACCUAUGCUCAAAAAGCUCUUACAGGGUUGGACAUUUUUGGGAAGGGGACAAAGAAGAUUGAGGCAGAACAAGAACAUGAGAAAAGGUUGAUUCUUGAAACAGUUGUGAGUCUUCUUCCAAGGGAGAGAAACUCAGUCUCAGUUACCUUUCUUUCGAUGCUUUUAAGAGCUGCGAUAUACCUCGAAACCACGGUAGCUUGCAGGCUUGAUUUAGAGAAUAGAAUGGGAUUACAGCUAAGACAAGCUGUUCUUGAUGAUCUCUUGAUUCCUUCUUAUUCAUUGAAUGGUGACAGCACAGUGUUUGAUGUUGACACUGUUCAACGCAUCCUCAUGAACUAUCUUGAGUUUGAAGUUGAAGGAAGCUCUGCUGACUUUGCUAGUGAUAUUGGUGAAUUGAUGGAGAGUUAUCUCGCUGAAAUCGCUUCUGAUAGAAACGUAAACUUGGCGAAAUUCAUCGGUUUCGCUGAAUGCAUUCCGAAACAGUCUAGGAUUACUGAAGAUGGGAUGUAUCUAGCCAUAGACAUCUAUCUCAAGACACAUCCGAAUAUAAGUGAAAUGGAGAAGAAGAAAGUGUGCAAAUUAAUGGACAGUCAAAAGCUAUCACGAGAAAAGUGUGCUCACGCAGCUCAAAACGAUCGUCUCCCUGUACAAACCGUGGUUCAAGUUCUCUACUACGAGCAAAAAAGUCUCCGUGAAAUUUUAAGCGAUUCAGAUUCUCCACCAGCAGCAGCAGCAACCGUAGAAGAUACUCUUCCUCCUCCUGAGCUCAGAACCUACAACAAUGAACUCUCCAAACUAAACCGUGAAAACCAAGACUUGAAGCUCGAGUUGAUCAAAGUGAAAAUGAAGUUCAAGGAGUUGGAGAAGGAACAGAAAGAUUUUGAAGUCACGAGUGGUUCAGAUUGUUCUUCUUCGGUUUCUAUUGCUUCGGUGGUUAAGCCUCGAUUACCGAGAAAGUCAUUUAUGAGCUCUGUUUCUCGACAGCUCGGAAAGCUUAACCCUUUUGGCCUCAAACAAGUACAAACCAAACCAGCUAAAGGCCGAAGACACUCUAUAUCUUGAACACACAUGUUUUUUGUUAGAGAUUUUCAAUAUCUAGGUCAAGGGAUGUUUCUCUGUUUUGAGUUUCUGAAUUGAGUACUAUCCUAAAGUCAUAUAUAGAGCAGUUCUUAUGUAUAAAACAACUACGAGGCAAUUAAUA